AUGACGGAGCUUGACGCUAAUAAUUUCAAGCGUAAGUGCUCGUCUGACUCAAGGAGACCCAAGAACUCUGAGCGCACUGUUUCACCUCCACCGCCUUAUGAAAGCGUUGACAAGACGGAAACUACCAAUAUUAGCCCGAAAAAUGAUGAAGAUUUAGUUUCAGCGGCUGAAGUGUUGACACUGCUCACAAGUCGAACAUGUACGCCUCCAAGCGGCGAUAUGAUAAAUUCUAGUGCUUGUGGUUUUGUUGUUGACAAUCAAAACUCAAUGACAACAAAUCCUUCAACUCAGCACCCGUUGGUGUCAAAGGUUAAUAAAGUCACCAAACAUCCUUUGGUGACAAAUGCUGUGAAAUACUACGAAAAUUCGAAACGUAAUUAUGCCCCCUUCAAUUACGCAGCCGAAAUUGUGGAGAAUGUUGCAUUUCCUGUUGUAAGCAAAAUUGAACUUAAUCUCAACAACAGACACAUCGCUAGGCAGUUGAGGAAGGAAGAGGUUGCUUCACAAGCUGGUACUUCGUCUAAGGAUUUUAAAAACAAGAAAAGAAGAUUAAGUUCCUUUAAUGAAAAGAUACCACAAUCAAAGCUUAAAGAUCAUUCUGUUGAGAGAAAAAGACGUCUUCAAUUUUGUUUGCAGAUAUUAAGGUUAGCUAACGAUAAUAUUAAUAGCAAAGUUAGUGUUUUACAGCAAAAAGUAAUAGAGAAGGAAAAGGAGGUAAAACAAAGGAAGUCGCACCAACUGCAAGACGGUCGUGGAGUUUUGGAGUCUUCCCAACAACCUCUGAGCCAAGAACGCAAUCUGUAUGUGGAGCCCAAAUUAUCUAAUGACGCAACUCGUGAGACAGAGACAGAGAUCGUCACAACAGUGAAAAAGAUAAUACGACUUAUUUCAAACUUCAGACCAUCCUCAUUAAGCCCAGAACAAACGUCACCAACCUCCAAUAGUGAAGAUAGUGCUGAAAACACCGAAUUCAAAUCAACGAUACGAGACAUAAUAUUGAAACUUCCGAGAGCGAUACAACAAAAUUCGGCUCACUCUGAGACGCCUUGCCAGCAAACUAAUGAUAAAAUUAUUGUUCUCGCCAAAGAGUCUCUAGAUAUGAUUGGAAGACUUACCACUGUGUUUAAUGAUCAGUUAGAGAGAGCGGAGGUAUGGGUCGCAGGAUCAGAAUGGGAACCAUCUUCUGCGACAGAGGACCAUAAGCUACAAACUUCAGACAGGGAGUUUUCUCCAAAUCAAGUCGCCGACGAUAAGCAAUGUCAGUAG